UCUUGAGUCAUUAGACAUUUGCUUUAGUCAUACUAAUAAAAUGGAAAGGCAUCGCUUGUUCAUUAAAAGUACAUUAUAGGUCAAAAGUCAUAUAAAAUAAAAUUUGGAUCACACGGAAAAAAUAUGACACAGCUAGUUAAGUAUGAUCAAGAGAAGCAUAACCACUGUCACACGGUCAGGAAAAUACUGGAUUUUAGCACAUUCCGAAAAGCAUUUUAAAGAAAUGUACUGAUUUUUUAUUUGUGAGAAUGUCAAACAAUUAAAUUUAACAUCUUGUACCUAGACAAACUUAGACAACAAAAAACAUGAUGAACAUACAAACGCUCGAAAGCACUUAAACCAUUAGUCAAAGCGUACAAAAAGAAAAGAAUAAUUUUAAACAAGACUGUUUGCCUAUACUUGCUUGAAAACAAUGCAUAAAAAAUAGUAUUCAAUAAUCAUUUUAUCUUAAUUUAAAUUCCGGCAAUUAAAGAUUUCAUUCUGAUCAAAUUGAACUUUAUCACAAACAUCCUAUCAGUCCCUACACAGCUAAUCACUCGGAUGCAUACAUCUGUCUACGUAUCAGACACAAAACUCAUAAAUCACCCAACAAUAUCAAAAUCAAAUCAUUAAAGGCACACCACAAAAACACGACCUCGACCAUUUAAGGAAACUAGACCAUAACACAUAAUGUUAUCAUUACACAAUUAAUGUUAAAAGUUUGAACCAUCUUAGAGGAGUAAGGUCAGAACACAAGUUCAUCCUCGUAUCGUUAUGAAAUAUUGACCGCGAAUGCCUUUGAUGUAGAGCAACUGCAAGCGGCUAUAAAUAAUGUACAGAUGUUUAAUGAUUAUCAGUUGCAAGCAAAGCUUCUGUGUAACAAGUACUAUCGAAUAAAUAUAAUAAAAAUGAAAUUGUUCAUCGUCCUCGCUGCAGUCACCUUGGCGCAGGCCGCCAAACUGGACAGGGUCUACCUUCCUCCCAACGCGCAAUCCUCAUCAGGAUCAUCCUUCCUCCAGACCCCUCGCCAAUCCUCUGGAUUCCAAGUCCAAACUGCUGCUUACGCCAGCAACGGAUUUUCUGCUGACGCUUACAGCCAGAACGGAGCUUACAACCAAAAUGGAGGUUACUCAGGUUUCGAAUCCCGCCCCGAGCGUGCUCAAGCUGCCUUAGAAAGGAACGCCGCCAUCCUCCGUUACGACAACAACAACGAUGGAGAGACUUACGCGUACGCUUACGAGACUGAGAACGGUAUCGUCGCCGAGGAGAACGGAGUCGCCACCAACGGAGUCCAGGCUCAGGGAGGAUACUCCUACACCGGAGAUGAUGGUCAGGUCUACUCUGUGAGAUACACCGCUGACGAGAAUGGCUUCCAGCCUCAGGGCGACCACCUCCCCACCCCUCCCCCUAUCCCCGAGGAGAUCCUGAAGGCUCUGGAGCAGAACGCACGCGAUGAGGCCGCUGGUAUCUUUGACGACGGUUCCUACGCUGAAGCCAAAUACGGUGACAACAGUCAACAGCAGUACUACAACAACGCCCAGUCCUCCGGUAACAGCAACGCCGCGUACUCCCGCACCGAGGCCACGUACAGGGGCAGCGCCGCCCCACAGAAGGCCUACCUCCCGCCCUUCGCGCAGCGCGACUCCCAGAGGAGCGGAGCGCAGCAGUACAACGCCAGGACCGGCUACCGUUACUAGAAAUUAAUAUUUUGUUGAAACUAUUGAAUAAAUAUUUAUAUUAC